AUGGAGGUUAUACGCACACCAAAUGGCCUCUUUCUCAGUCAAUCCAAGUAUAUACUUGACCUCUUGGACAAGGUUCAUCUUGCGGGUGCUAAGCCUCUAUCCACACAGGCAGCUACUACAACUCCUACACGGGAUGAUCCUUUUGCUGAUGUCCCCCUCUAUAGGCAAAUCGUUGGCACCCUCCAAUACUUGUCUUUCACCAAACUUGAUAUCUCCUACUCUGUGAAUCAGGUAUGCCAGUUCAUGCAUAGCCCCAUAAUCAGUGAUAGGACUGCUGUUAAAAGAAUAGUAAAAUACCUAAAGCAUAAUGUUGACUUUGGGCUUGCCAUUGUCUCCUCUACCUCACUCUCUCUCCAUGCAUUGUCAGAUGCUACAUGGGCAGGCUGCAAGUCUGAUCGGAAGUCUCAAACUGGUUACUGCAUCUACUUGGGUGGCAAUCUUAUCUCAUGGGCCUCUAAAAAGCAGAGCACCAUAUCCCGUUCUAGUACAAAGGCUGAAUACUGCAGUGUUGCCACAACUACCUCCAAAGUUCUAUGGCACAAGUCCCUCUUCUUGGAGCUUGGUAUCCCCCUCACUGAUGUCGUACUCUAG